AUGUUUAAGCUCGCUCUGGCCUCUGCGGCAUUCGUCACCGCCGCCGUCGCCGCUCACAACGGCAAAGACUGUCACGACAUCCUCGUUCCCGUCACUGUUGACACAACGCUCAAGUCGUUUGACUAUACGCCCACUGACGAAGAAAUCGACACGACCAACUUUUUUCUCGACUUUACACGCCAUGGCGGUGACUUCAUGACACGGAUCAUUACGAGCAACGACUCCCACAUCCACAAAGACUACACCCUCGCCGCCACAAUCUGCCACCCUCCCUCGGGCCCUUCCUCUACUCUUCAGAUCCUCACUCACGGCGUCGGCUUUGACCGUUCCUACUGGGACUACCCCUUUGCCUCGUACAACUACUCGUACGUCGCCCACGCUCUCGAUGCCGGCCACUCCACCCUCACCUGGGACCGCCUCGGCAUCGCCCAAUCCUCGCAUGGCGACCCCGUUCAGGAGAUUCAGCUCGCUCUCGAGGUUGAGGCCCUGCACCAGCUCACCCUCCGCGCGCGCGACGCCCACCUCUGCGGCCUCGAGGGCCACCGCUUCGCCCGCACCGUCCACGUCGGCCACUCGUUUGGCUCCGCCAUGACCUACUCCCUCUCUUCCAAGUACCCCGACAUCACCGACGCCAUUGUUCUCACCGGCUUCUCUCAGGCCCCGGCCUACAUGGCCCUCUUUGCCCUCGGCGCCGACUUUGCCCCCGUCGCUUCCGUCAGCCCCCGCCUCAAGGAGCAGUACGUCACCGGCUACAUUGCCCCCAAAACCUCCAUUGGCGUGCAUAUUGACUUUUUUGGCCCCGGCGACUUCUCCGCCGAUAUGCUGCAAGACGCCACCGCUCACGGCCAGCCCGCCGCCCUCGGCGAGCUGCUGACUGUCGCCGACGGCGCCGCCGCCCCGAGCAACUAUACUGGCGCCGUCUACAUCAUUACCGGCGAGUACGACGUGCCCUUUUGCGGCGGCAACUGCAACAUGCCCAUGCAGGGCAGCGACGCCUCAAAUAUCCUCACCAUGUCAGAACCCAUGUUCAAGCAGGCCAAGUCGUUCAACACCACCAUUGUACCCGGCGCCGGGCAUGGACUCAACUUUGGCUACUCGCACACAGUCACAUAUCAAGACAUGCUAGACUUUCUCAAGGAAAAGCUAUAA